CGUGAGUCUCGUCUGAACCUCCGCCAAGAUGGGACAGAAUCGGAAGAAAGGUCCUACACUCUCUAAGGAGGAGCUGCGUAUGCUCACAGUGGGCGAGAUUGUGCAGGAGCUCAUCAAGGCACAGAAAGAAGGACGUGACGUGAAUCUGAAUAAGCUAAAGACACGAAUAUCCUCAAAAUAUGGACUCUCCUCAUCGCCCAGGCUGGUGGACAUUAUUGCAGCAGUGCCACAAGAACACAAGAAAGUCCUCCUUCCAAAGCUGCGAGCAAAGCCUGUCCGAACAGCUUCAGGGAUUGCAGUGGUUGCUGUCAUGUGCAAACCCCAUCGCUGUCCACACAUUAACAUGACUGGAAAUAUAUGUGUAUAUUGCCCUGGUGGUCCAGACUCUGACUUUGAGUACUCAACACAGAGCUACACAGGCUAUGAACCCACAUCAAUGCGAGCUAUUAGGGCUAGAUAUAACCCAUACCUUCAAACUAGACAUCGUGUAGAGCAGUUGAGGCAGCUUGGCCAUAAUGUGGAUAAGGUUGAGUUCAUUGUGAUGGGCGGCACAUUCAUGGCCCUCCCAGAAGACUACAGAGAUUAUUUUAUUCGGAAUCUCCACGAUGCUCUCUCGGGACACUCAUCUACCAGUGUCGAUGAAGCCGUAAUGUACUCAGAAAGGAGCAACACAAAGUGUAUUGGCAUUACCAUUGAGACCCGUCCUGACUACUGCCUGAAGCGACAUCUCUCAGACAUGCUCAAGUAUGGCUGCACCAGAUUGGAAAUAGGAGUCCAGUCAGUCUAUGAAGAUGUUGCAAGAGAUACAAACAGGGGUCACACUGUGAGAGCUGUUAGUGAGAGUUUCCAAUAUUCCAAGGAUGCUGGAUUUAAGGUUGUGUCACAUAUGAUGCCAGACUUGCCCAACGUGGACUAUGAGAGAGAUGUAGAACAAUUUAUUGAAUUCUUUGAGAACCCAGCUUUCCGUGCAGAUGGUCUGAAGAUCUACCCUACACUAGUGAUCCGAGGAACAGGCUUGUACGAGUUGUGGAAGACAGGAAGGUACAAGAGCUACCCCCCCAACACCCUUGUGGAUCUGGUAGCCACAAUCCUCUCUCUGGUUCCCCCGUGGGUCAGGAUCUACAGAGUUCAGCGAGAUAUUCCAAUGCCUCUUGUCAGUUCUGGAGUGGAACAUGGAAAUCUCCGUGAGUUGGCAUUAGCCAGAAUGAAGGAUCUUGGUACUCAGUGUAGGGAUGUUCGAACCCGUGAAGUCGGCAUUCAAGAAAUUCAUCAUAAAGUUAGGCCGUAUGAGGUUGAGUUAAUUCGCCGUGACUACACCGCCAAUGGUGGGUGGGAAACAUUCCUCUCAUACGAAGACCCAGAUCAGGAUAUUCUAGUUGGUCUUCUUCGUCUCAGAAAAUGUUCAGACCAGACCUUCCGUCCUGAGCUGGUAGGAGGAGUGUCUAUCGUCCGCGAGUUGCACGUGUAUGGUUCGGUGGUGCCUGUGAGUGCAAGGGACCCAACAAAGUUCCAGCACCAAGGCUUUGGCAUGUUGCUAAUGGAAGAAGCGGAGAGAAUUGCCAAGGAAGAACAUGGAUCCAAUAAGAUUUCUGUCAUUUCAGGUGUGGGAACCAGGAAUUACUACAGGAAGCUGGGAUAUGAGCUAGAUGGACCGUACAUGUCCAAGUCACUUGUAUGAACACUCAGUUGUUUAUUAUAGAGCUUGUGUUAAGAGCAUCAGGGAACUGUGCUAUUAAGUAUAACCCUUCUAGAGAUUGAAGUUCAGCACAACUUUUCCUUAUUUAAAGAAGACUACAGUUUUCCCUCAUACCUUGGACUUUUGUUAUGCACAUUUAUUUAGCUUAAAUGAUGAUUUAAUGUUGAUGAUCAGAAUGAUAUUUAAUUUUAAGCUGAAAUAAGAAAGAAAAUCAAGAAAUUUUACAAUAAAGAAGAUAUAUAUA